GUGGAAUGCGAGACGAACGAUGACCGUGACACUUCCUAGCGUGGCGGGGGCCGGCGGAAGGUGCUAGCUCCAUGCGCGCUUUGGCAGACGGAUGAUCUCUCUCUCUCCACAUUCUGAUGCAAAGACUGGUGAACGGACAGGCGGAAAAUCUUUACGUGUCCGCUCUCCGCUAUGCCGCGAAAUCAGCAGCGCGGCGAUCCCUCUCCGAGAUUCUGCAAAAGCGCUGCUCCUCUGCCGGAUGUCCUCUCUUUUCGCCCUCGAGGCAACACAAUUAGCGCCCAAGAGGCGCGAGCCAGUCUGAGUCAAUCCUGAACUCUGCCCAGUUCUGAUUGAUCCGAGUACCGAGCUGACGGCGCUGUAGCUCUUCGGCGGGGUAGGUGUACGCAAAGUGGCAGGCAAGAGAGCGGUUUCAGCACAGCACUUGUCUGCCGUUCAGAGUUGUGAGGAAAAAGUUCCAGUCGCUGGACCCGUCAC